GGAACUAUAAUCCAGUGAACGCCAUACAAGGAACUAAGCGGUAAUUCUUACAGCAACAGUUUCCAGUGGUUGGUGAAGUAAUGCAGCAAAGUAUCUCUUUACAACAUGUUUUGAUUGGACAAUGCACGUAACUUUCUGGGAGACAGAUUGAAAACACAACAAUGUUACCCAACAAAACCUUUUUUGCAAUGAGCAUAGUUGUUUUUGGUCUUGUGUGCUCAAUAGUAGCAUUUUUCAUUUACUUUGAGCCUGGACAUUCUGAAUGUGCAUCCAGACAGUUUGACUUGGAACAGGACAAUGGUGUCUGGCACCCUGAAGAGAAAGUCAAACCUCUCGUGCUUCUGUGGUUCUGGCCCCUUGGAAGAACGUUUGACUUUAAAGACUGUAAGAAAUACUUUAACAUUGAUAGUUGUGAGUUGACGGCCGACAGAUCUCUGUACAGCAGAGCAGAUGGGGUUAUUGUGUUUCACAGAGAUAUUAGUUGGGACUUGAAAAACCUUCCCCCGUCUCCACGUCCCCCCUUUCAGAAAUGGAUUUGGUUUCACGUUGAAUCACCAACAAAUACCUAUAGAAUUCCAGGCUUGGAAAACCUCUUCAACCUGACAUUGAGCUACAGACGAGAUGCUGACAUCACGGUGCGAAAUGAGUUGCUGCUUGUAAAAUCCAAGUCACAAAAUGAUUUUAAACUACCUAAGAAGAAUAAACUGGUUUGCUGGAUCGUGACUAACAAUAAUUCAAGAACCGGAACAGGUACAAGAGCAAGAUUUUACCAGAAGCUUGUUAAACAUAUAAAGGUGAAUGUUUAUGGUGCUGCUUUCACAGGGGUUCAUUUAGGGUAUGAAGACUAUUACUCGACCAUUGCUAGCUGUAAGUUUUAUCUGGCAUUUGAGAACUCACGUCACAAAGACUACAUCACAGAGAAGGUGAAUGGACCUCUGGUAGUAGGCACUGUACCAGUAGUACUAGGCCCACCCAGACAAAACUAUGAGGAGUUUGUUCCUGCUGAUUCAUUCAUACAUGUUAAUGACUUUCCUGAUGUGAAGGGUCUUGCUGACUUCCUAAUCCAGUUAGAUAAGAAUGAUGAGAUGUACAUGCGUUACUUCCAAUGGAGGAGGUACCUCAGUGCAAAAGCUCACCUCUUAACUCCUCAUGAUGAGUUCAUCCAACCCAUUUGUUUAGCCUGUGAUUACAUGCUAAGAGACAAACACUACAGUGUUGUUAAUGAUCUGUACAAGUGGUUCUUCAUUCAAUGAUUUUCUGUUUGACUUGACAAAUUCGUUUGGAAUAACAUCAUUUCACAAAAUAACCCUGCAUUGUCGUUCCACUACAGCAGUUGUUUUGUUUACAUUUUAUGAAAUGUACAUAUAUGAAAUUAACAUGAACUGUAAUUAAAUGUUGAAUAUAACAUGUAUUCAAUUGUUUACAAAAUGUAUAAAUACAAAUGUUCUUUAUGGAAUUAAAAACCUAACCUACUUAAAUAAAAAUAAAUCAAAGAAGAAGCUGCAUGUAAUAUAAUUUCAAAUGUCAUGUUAUAUUAUUAGGUGUAUGGUUAUAAAUUAUAACCAUACAACUAGUUUAUAAUACACCUUUAGAGUUAGAAUGUGAAGCACUUUGAAUUGCCUUGUUGUUGAAAUUUGCUACACAAAUAAACUUGCCUUGACUUGCUUUAAAAAGA